AUGGCGUACGAUUGCUACUGCGCGAUCUGUGGCGUGGGCUUCAGUGGCAUGCACAUUGAAUCGCCCUCAGAGACAGCUAUCGAACGCCGAAGACGGUGGAUUGAAAAGAGAUGCCGGGCGCUCGAGGCGGGCCAGGACAUCAGCCAGAUUCCUGCAGAAGAAAACGAUGCCCCCGUGCGCAGCUAUGAUCCUCGCCUCGUCGACACCGAUAACAUUUCCUGGCUCUUCAAGGCAUACUGCCUGGGAUCCAAUCCUCCAGCUCCAGGCACUUCGGGGACAAACAAAGCAUUUAUUUCUGGUCCGGGAUAUUAUGCGGACAUCGGAGAGCUAGUUGUGAAACCGGGGAAAGAUCUCUACCAGCCGUCGUCCCGUAAAACCUACAUGUGUUACGAUGAGGGAACCGAAGAGGCCUCCGGACCAGUCCUCCCCUUCCACUGGAGCUGUUUCGAAAUCCUGACCCGAGCACUCACGGACGCCACGGAGAUCGAGAACAUCAACCUCGACGCCCUCUACAGCGUCAUGUCCGCCUUAACCAACCAUAGCUCCCUCCAUGUAAACUACGGUGAUGACAUCUCCCGGUCGCAGGGCCGCUACUGGGAAUGCGUCCCAGGCGCAGAGUACUGCGCCAAGUGCCCCACAGAUACCCCCAUGGUCGAUGAGCUUUUCCAAAACCUAACCACCGAUAGUAAAUUCAAGUACCGCUCUGAGGCAGGAUUCGAGCCUCAAGACCCAUGUCCGUCCGACCCAUUCGGCCAUUUGCCGAUGGAAAUUGCCCAGUACAUUUGCAUGUUUUUGCCUGGGGAUUCGGUGAAUGCACUUGCGCAGGCUUCGCCUAGCGUUCAGGUUAUCGCAAAGGAUAACUCGUUCUGGAAGCGGUUUAUGCGGUGGGAUAUGCCGUGGUUUUGGGAACUGCAGACGCUCCAGAAGCAGAAUGAUGUUGACUAUAGGGAGCUUUAUAUGUGGUUGAAUAAGAUGACGACUCCACGGUAUGGUAUGGAUGAUUUGAAACUGAUGGGCGUUGCCAAUCGGAGGCGUAUUUGGGGUGUGUGCGAACAGCUUGCGAGUCGGUAUAACAAGACUACUCGCCGGACGCCUGUUGAGGCGAUGAAAUGGGGGCGCGAUUAG